ACUAGUAGUACUAAUGAAGAUGAGGCCAGUACUGAUCUGCGUCCUGUUGGCUACUUGCGUCGCUCUUCUCAGAGCUAAAGACGAGAUGGACGAGAAUUUGAUGGAAGAUUCGAGCAAAUGUAGAAAUGACUAUGUGCGCUGUAUGAGUGGAACACUUGACCCGGUAAAACGAAGAGCAUGCUACGACGUAUAUCGCUAAUGCCCCGCCAACAACCCCACAGAACCGGCUUACGUGCAAAAGUGUGCCGGUGAAAGGGCAACUAGUUACCUAGCAAAAAGGAAAUUUCAUAACAACUAUCUCAGCUGCCUCAGAAAUAAGCCACAGCCUACCCGUCCCUCGACAUAUCACAUGGAAAUGGCAUUUACAAGGUGUGCGAGACAUACCAGUAGUUAGAUAAAAUCAAUUCAGUGCAAGUGUGAUAUGCAGUAAAUGACGUUUUCUGAAUAAAGUGGAAUUAAAAGAAAUAAAAAGCCUACAAACUUUUUAAUAUAAUGCAUCGGAAAGUUUAUUUAAUAUUAUAAUCGUCAUCAUCCGCAUCGCUUUGGCCACCACCACCACUUCCUUAACACCAUCACUAUCAUCCGUAAUAAUACUAUUUCCACCAUAAUCACCAGCUCAAUAUUAUCUACUAUCAAUUUAAAAUUUAUCUGCUACUAUCAACAUUAUCAUCACCACUAUAAUAAGUAUCGAAAACACCUUCGUGAUCAUCACCAUCAUAUUCUUCGUCAUCACGCCAUCGCCAUUGCCAUCGCGGAAUCAUAUUCUUCGUCAUCAUGAUCAUCAUCAUGAUCAUCGCCAUCACCGUCGCCAUCAUCAUGUUUUAAUUGAUUUGUGAGACAUACCUCCCUCGACACACCUCCCUUACCACUCGUGUUGCCGUCCAAACACCUCUGACUAACACCCAAUUCCAUUCAAUCCAGAGUUGUCCGUAGUCGUCCCUACUUUUAGAUUAGAGUUAACGACUGCAUUUCAUCUUCGCGCGCAAGCUUUUUUUUUUUUUUUUUUAAGAUAAAUCACGGACUCCUAAUUAUGAUCACGGUGGGGGAGUAUAUCAUUUGCAUAUUCUUGAAAGAAAGGAAGAUAACAAUCAAACAUUUAUCAGUUGCAAUUUGGAUUUGUGUUUAUUAUUUCCAUCACAAGUUAAACAGAUGGACAUUUGAAUAAGUGCUUUUUUUUGCAGUUUAUUCUAUCAGUGCUUUUUUGCGGUUUAUUCUAUCAGUGCUUUUUUGCGGUCUAUUUUAUCAGUGCUUUUUUGCGGUGUAUUCAAUCAGUGCUUUUUUGCGGUUUAUUCUAUCAGUGCUUUUUUGCGGUUUAUUUUAUCAGUGCUUUUUUGCGGUGCAUUCAAUCAGUGCCUUUUUGUAAUGUUCGCAGAAAUCCAUCCUUUAAAACACGGGCCGAAACAUUUGUGAGGUCGUUGAGCACGCUCGUGUUUUGUGUUGACUUUGAUAAUUGUCUCUUGUUGGGUCCGCAAAUUUAAGCACUCUGCGAGAAGCCGUAUAUAUAUUCUGCGUAAAUUACUUCCAUACUUGACGCAUACUAUCCUGUUUUAUAGUUUCUUUAAAAAAAGUUACAAUUUUUUUCUUCAACCAACUGUUUAAUGUUUCCCACCCUGAAGAAAAAUGUUGUUACAAAUGCCGCUUUUAUCUUAACUGCCGUUGCUACUUCAAUAAACGUUUUUCUUCUUCUCUUUUUUUCCAUUUUUCCAUCAAUGUUUCAGUGUUAUUAUUGAUGUGAGUAUUCCAUGCGUGUCAUUGUCAUCGUUGUAUUGUCGCGCCUCGUGACUCCAUAGCCCUGCUUGAGGGGGGCGUAAGGCGGUGAGAAAACCGCAAAAUUGUACAGAAACUGCAUAAAAAAUCGUAACACCGUUAAAAUAAGUUAAAAAAGUAAACCGAGCAGUAUAGAAAACGCAAUACCGCGGAAUAAAAUACGAAAAACUGCGUCAGAUUUAAGGCAACCGCAACACCGCAAACCAUUACGCCUCUCUCCUGCUGAAAUGACAUCUAUAUAUUUAUGCAUUUUUUAGGUAAGCAUAGGAAAAGAGGACCGUUAGAGAACUUUCACGGUUACAAUGAAUUGUAUUGUUAUAUUGUAUUUUUGUAUAAAGCUCACCAGGACGCAAUCUCCCCGACGACAUAAUAAACAAGUCGAAUCUAUUUAAAAAUCGGAAGAAUUCUUUGAGGCUCGUUAUUCACAUCAUUCAAGAUGAAAACCUUUUCAGUGAGAUUUCAAAUCUUAGGUCUUCUAGUUUUCAUGCUAAUCACAACGGGAAAAUGCCAAACUUGUAAUGCUGAUAAUGGUCCGAAAUUAUCUAUCCCAAUCCAGGGAAGACGACUUGUUAAACAUGUUUUUAAAACACUGCAAGAAAGUAAACCAAUGUUGUGCUAUGCCGAAUGUCAGAAAGACAAACGGUGCCAGAGCAUCAACUUUCUUUACGACAGUCUGACGUGUGAACUGAAUAACCGGACCAAGGAAGCGAAACCGGGCGAUUUUGAUGAAUAUGAGUAUGGGCAUCAUAUGGAGCUUGACACGAGAGUUGCUUUGGGGAGUGUAUACGAACUUCCAGGGCUCUCGUGUGAGGAAAUAUUUGCCAGCGAUCCUUGUUCGAAAAAUGGGAACUAUUAUCUUUCUCCAGACAACCAGACACCUUUUCUGGUAAGGUGCAAGUUUGACCAAGCCCCUGUGGUCUGGACUGUUAUUCUACAAAGAAGUUCGGACGCUGUUGACUUUACUCGAACGUUUGACGAGUACGGCGUAGGCAUCGGGACUCCUGGAGACGACAACUUUCUGUUGGGUCUUGACAACAUCCACAGGCUGACCAACAGUCCGGGUGCGAAAAUGCUGCUUGUGAGGCUCGAAGACUGGAAUGGUAAUGUCAGAUUUGCCGAAUAUGGCAACUUUGCUAUUGGAGGCAAGGCUCAAAAAUACACCCUGGCCCUGAAAUACAGAUACCAAUCAGGAGAUGCUGGGGAUUCGCUCACUUAUUCUAACGGGAUGCCAUUUACAGCUUAUGACCAGGACAAUGAUCAGAGACCAAGCGAUAACUGCGCUGCGAGCUUUGGUGGCGGUGGCUGGUGGCACAAUGCAUGCUUCAACGCUAAUUUUAACAACCCGUAUUACAACAGUGCCAUUUGUCCGUUUGCAAAGGGGAUAACUUGGUUGACUUGGCACGGGCAUGAAUACUCAUUGAAGAAAGUAGCUAUGUUAGUAAGGAAUGUAUAA